AUGUUCUGAGACUUAAGAAAGCUGAUGAUUUUCCUUACAGGAAUACUCUUGAGUUACUCUCUUGAUCCUGCCAAUGUAGUUCUAGCAAUGAAUGUAGGUGGAGCUGCUUAUACCUCAACUUUUGGCUUUACUUAUACUCCAGAUUCUAAUUAUUACUAUACUGGGGUCAUGGCUACAUAUUUCGACACUUCUUCUCUUCCAAUUGCACGUACAAUUAAUAGCUAUAUUUACAAAUCAGAAAGAGUAGCGGCUGGAAUCUGGGGAUAUGAUAUCCCAGUGAGCAUUGAUGGAACAUAUGUCCUGAUUCUUCAAUUUGCUGAAAUCUAUUAUACAACUAUAAAUUCCAGGGUUUUUACUGUAAAAGUAGGAGAUUACAUUGUAUUAAGCAAUUUAGACUUAUUCGCUCUUGCUGGAUUUAAUUCUGCUUAUGACCUUUUUGUUGAGUUUACACUUUCAAGUGGAAGUGUCUAUAUUUCAGGCAAUUUAAUAAGCAAUGCCUACUCUAGCGGGAAUUUAAUUGUUCGCUUGCAUCCUGUUAUACAAGCUCCCAAAAUUUCUGGUAUAAUUUUAAUGAGGGGAAGCUGUGCUACGAAUGAUUAUUGUAAUAUGUGCUAUCAGCAAAUUUGUGUUACUUGUGAUAGUAUAAAUUUAGCAUGCAUUUCUUGCAUUACAAAUGCGCAGGCUGUCAGCGGAGCAUGCCAAUGUAGUCCAAAUGCUUAUUGGGUAUCUUCCACAAAAACUUGUGAGAAAUGCGAUAAUUUAUGUAGCGACUGUAGUGGAUCUUUAAAUUUUAUAUGCACCACAUGUGUAUCCCCAAAUGUUUUAGUGUCAAAUAUCUGCUUAAGAGAGUGCCCGUAUGGAUUUGGCUCUUGUACUCCUAUUUCAACACCUGUUAUUGAUCAAAAUUUUGCAAAUUAUUUUUACGGAGCUUAUGGCUUGUUUACAACAGGGACAAGCUCAAGCAGAUGUUACUUUUUCACUAGUCCUGAAGCUGUAGAUCCACUCCCUGCUAAAAACAGAGGACUAUACUUUUACGGCGGCUCAUAUCUUCAAUCUUCAUCUGUCUACGUUUCAUUCAAUUUCUCUUUAGGAAUAUGAGUUUGAAUAUUACCAGGCUCAGGAGAUAUAUUGGGAAAUAGUCCAAAUAAUAAAAUAGGGUGCAGGUCCAAUAAUCGUGAAUUUUUUAUAGCAUGCAUUCCACCAAAGUAAAUUUGGUCGAAAAUUGGUUGAAACUUUUUGAUGGUGAGACGUUUGGUCGAAAAAAAAGUUAAAAUUUCGGCCAAAUGUAUAUCGAUGAAAUCUACACUAUCAAAAAUCCACUGUCAUUUAGCAUGGAGCUAAUAAAAUAGCAAUAUCUGCAAACGGUGCUCUAACAAUUAUAUUAGAAAAUAGACUCGAAGCCACUACUCCAAUAACAACUGCUGCAUUAAAUCCAUCGAACUCAGGCUGAGUUUAUAUUUCUUUUGUUGCUUCAUUUUCAUCAUCAACCAUAUCAACAACAAUCGUCCCUUAUUUAAACAACUCUCCACAAACUUCUAUUACAACUACUCAAUACAUAUAUAGAGAUGCAGCAGGUAAUUCAAUAUAUUUGGGACAAAACUCUUUAAGUAAGUUUGUAGGGUACAUUUAUCAAUUCACUUUAUGAAAUGUAGCUGUCUCAAAUUUUAAUACUCAAUACUCAGAUCAAAUAUGCGGCUCAGGGGCAGUUGCUAGCUGCCUUUGGGCUUGCUCUUUAACUCAAUGAAUGAACGGAGCUACAAUCACAAACUGCGACUCAUGCCCUUGUGGAUGUGUCAGAAGCGGAUCUUGCAAUGUAUGUUUUGAUCCUCUUUGCAGUAUAUGCACAGGGUUCUUGACAGGACUUUGCACUCAAUGUGUUUCUAAUGCAUCUGGAAGUCCCUGUGCUUGCAAUCCUGGCUAUAUGCUUUCUACUGACGGUUUUUCUUGUGUGCCAUGCUUUAAUGGGUGCGCUACUUGUGCAGGAGCUCUUUAUUAUCAAUGCAGUUCUUGCUUAUCAAGCUAUUAUUUAUUAAAAACAAUGUGUCUUACUUAUUGCCCCUCAGGAUACACAGCUGAUUCAUCAGGCCAUUCUUGCACUCUAUCUUCAUCUAACCCUUUAAGCAUUUCUCUUCAGAAUUUAAUUCAAUUAGACAUGGUCAAUGGAGUCACUGUAGGCUCUUCAAACACAAAUAAGUACCCUAAUUGGGAAGCAACAGAUCCUAUACCUUCGAUAUAUAGAGGCUACUAUUUUUCAGGCAGUAAUUACAUGAGUCUUGCAUCAUUUACGAUUAGUCCGUAUUUUACAUUGCUAUUUUGAAUAAGAAUGCUAAACAAUGGAUAUUUAUUUAUGAAAUUUGAUGGCACCACUAAAUAUUUUACUAUUAAUUUUAUUUCAGGUAUCCCAAAAAUAAAUAUUUUGCUCUCAGACUCAACACCUCUUAGCAUCACUACCACGCCGAGUAUUACUACGACGUGACAUUAUAUAGCAAUUACUGGAGGUCUUUCUUCUGGGCAAACUGUUUUAACUCGGAUAAUUAAUAUGAUUACAGUAACUCCUGUUACUUCUACAUCUUUUGCUUAUUUUAAAGAUGCUGGUGAUCUUUGUAUUGGCAAAGAUAAUACAGCAACAGGAGGUUUUACUGGAUUUUUAUGGAAUUUUAAAAUUUAUAAUGAUGAUACUUAUGCUCUACAAGAAUAUAUAUCGUCUGGAUGCCCUGGGUGUUCUAUUUGCCCUUCUGAGCUAAUAUGCCCUGAUAAUUGCCCUUUUGGGCAGUUUUAUUCUAGCUCGUGUGUAUCUUGUACUGGCACAUGUCCUUAUGGCUGCAGAUCAGCAUCAACCUGUAGAUUAUGCAAAGACAAAGAAUGUGUUACCUGCACUACUUUUGAUGGCUCUUGCACCUCUUGUAUACCAAAUGCUCAUAUCUCAGGAACGACCUGUGUUUGCAAUGCUAAUACAUUUUGGGAACAGAGCUCAGAUGGAUGCCAAAUCUGUGAUAAUUUGUGUAACGUCUGUCAAACAAAUAAAUAUUUUAUGUGCACAUCUUGUGUUGCAACAUAUUCUAUUAUUUGGAAUGUCUGCUUAAAAGGCUGCCCAUAUGGCUAUGCAAGCCCAUGCAUAGCAAUUUUUACACCUGUUAUAAAUGAAUCAUUUAAUACAGAUUUCCAAGGAGUUUACGGAAUCUUCACUACUGGAAUAAGUGCCACUUCUUUCCAGUUCUUUAAUACACCUGAAGCAGUAGAUCCCAUUCCAGCCAAAAAACGAGGCUUAUAUUUUAAUGGGAGCCAAUAUUUGAUAUCAAAUGUCAAUAUCUAUCUUUCCCAUAGUUUUUCAAUGGGCUUCUGGACUUACGUAAUUAGUUCAGGGGAUAUUUUAACAAAUUCAAGAAUUGCUGUGGAUUCCUCUGGCUCUAUAAAAAUACCACUAGAAAGUCCAUCAGAGAUAACAUCAAUGCAAACAAUUUUAGGUUCGUCAUUUACAACUUGGAAGUAUUUAUCAUUUACAUGCUCAUUUACUAGCUCCACAGCCGCAAUAACAACAGUGACAAUUUAUCUAAAUAAUGUCUCUGGAACAUCAUCUACGUUUAACGCUUUAAUAUAUAGGGAUCUUGCCAAUCAAAAGAUUACACUUGGUGGCAGCUCGACAUCAUAUUUCACAGGAUUUAUGUACAAAUAUCAGCUAUGGAAUGUCGCAAUUGUUGAUUUUACAACGCAACUCAAUGAAAUUUGUGGCUCUGGGUUAUUAGCAACUUGUCUAUGGGCAUGCCCUCUUAAUAAAUAUAAGUUUUCAACAACAUGCCAGAAUUGCGAAUCAACUUGCACUCUUGGAUGCACAAGAAGUGGUUCUUGUAAUAUUUGUGAUGAUCCUCUUUGUAGCAUUUGCACUGGAUUUGAUCCAAAUAAAUGCACUAAUUGUGUUUUGAAUGCUUCUGGGAGUCCAUGCAAAUGUAACAUUGGCUGAUAUGUGUCAUCUGAUGGGUUUUCAUGCGUUCCUUGCUUUACUGGAUGUGCUUCAUGUACUGGACUUCUUUAUUAUCAAUGCAGCUCUUGUUCUUCUGGCUAUUAUUUGCUAAAAGCAUUAUGUCUCACUUAUUGCCCUUCAGGCUAUACAGCUGAUACUUCAACCAAUUCCUGUAUUUUAACUACGUCAAAUCCCUUGGACAUUUCUUUACAAAAUCUAAUUCAGCUAGACACAGUCAAUGGAGUUUCCGUAGGAUUAUCAAAUUCUAAUAAAUAUCCUUCUUGGGAAACAACUGACCCAAUUCCUUCAAUUUAUAGAGGAUACUAUUUUUCAGGUGCCAACUAUAUGAGUCUUACAUCAUUUAUCAUGAGUCCUUAUUUUUCAUUACUAGUUUGGGUAAAGCCACUUGCUGACGGAUAUUUAUUUAUGAAAUUUGAUGGAACAACAAUAUUUUCCUAUUUCAAUUUUUCAUCUGGGAAUCACAAAAUGAAUAUUCUACUUUCAGAUUUAACUACGAUAUAUGCAAGCACCUCUUCAAUUCUUUAUUCAGGGUGGCAUUAUAUAGCAUUUACUGGCGAUCUACCAUCAGGCAAAACUGCAUUAUAUUUGUCAAUAGAUGGAGUUUAUAUAUCCGCAAGCUUGUCUAGCUCAUUUGCAUAUAUGAAAGACAAUGGCUCGCUUUAUAUCGGAAAAGAUAGUACGCUAUCGGGAGGAUUUACUGGUUUCCUAUGAAGUUUCAAAAUUUAUAAUGAUAAUACCUACGCAUUGCAAGAAUGAAUAACAUCAGGAUGUCCUGGAUGUGCUGCUUGCCCUUCUGAGCUUAAAUGUCCUGAUAAUUGUCCUUUUGGACAGUUUUAUUCAAGCUCAUGCGUUUCUUGUGUAGGCUCAUGUCCAUAUGGCUGCAGAUCAGCACUCACUUGCAGACUGUGCAAAGACAAAGAAUGUCUCGCAUGCACAACUUUUGAUGGUCCUUGCACAUCCUGUAUAGCAAAUGCAAGCAUUUCAGGCACCACAUGCAUUUGCAAUAGUAACACAUUUUGGGACCAAAGCUUGGAUGGAUGUGCAAUCUGUGAUAAUUUAUGCAGUCAGUGCCAAACAAAUAAAUAUUUUUUGUGUUUAUCGUGCGGCCCAUCUUAUCAUCUACUUUAUAAUGCUUGCUUAAGAGAUUGUCCUUAUGGAUAUUCAAGCCCGUGCACAGCAGUUUUUACACCUGUGAUUGAUGCAUCAUUUAUUGGAAACUUUCAAGGGACUUAUGGAAUUUUUACAACUGGGACAAGCGCAACUUCUUUUCAAUUUUUUAAUUCGCCUGAGUCUUCAGAUCCUAUUCCAGCGAAGCAAAGAGGUUUAUAUUUCAGCGGAAACCAAUAUUUAAUAUCAAAUGUAAGCAUUUAUCUUUCCUAUAGUUUCUCAAUGGGUUUUUGAAUUAAUGUAAUUGCCUCACUCUCAUCUUUUCAACGGCAAGAUGUUUAUCUGCGGGGCCAAAAUUUUAUUAAUUUAAAAAAAAUUUAUUUUAGCAUGGAGAAAUGGAAGUAUUUAUAUAAUAUCAAAAAAAAUAAUUUUCUUACUUGUAAAUGAAUUAAUUUUUUGUUAAUCUUUAAAUCUUCUCUGAAGAGGGAGUCAGGACAUGUUUUAUCAAAUUCGCAAAUUAUUUUGGAUUCCUCUGGUUCUAUAUUAAUUACAUUAGAAAGUCCAUCAGAAACAACUUCAUCAGAAACUCUGUCAAACACUCCUUUCACAAUGUGAAAAUAUUUAUCAUUUACAUGUUCAUUCAGCAAUUCUUCUGUGUCAACGACUUUGAUAAUUUAUUUAAACAAUGUUUCAAAGGCCUCUGCAACUUUUAAUAAGCUUAUAUAUAGAGACCAAACCAACCAAAAAAUAAAAAUCGGUGGCAGUUUAUCUUCAUAUUUUACAGGAUUCAUUUAUAAAUACCAUUUAUGAAAUGUUGCAGUUUUUGACUUUUCUGCACAAUUAAAUGAAAUUUGUGGGUCUGGGCUAUUAGCAGCAUGCCUAUGGACAUGUGAUAUUAAUAAAUACUGAUAUUCGGCAGCAUGCACAAAUUGUGAUUCAAGUUGCAAUCUUGGAUGCACUAGAAGUAGGUCUUGCAAUAUUUGUGAUGAUCCGCUUUGCAGUGUCUGUACUGGCUUUGAUGCAAAUAAAUGCACUAUGUGUGUUUCGAAUGCAUCUGGAACUCCUUGUGUUUGUAACAGUGGUUAUAUUGUUUCUUCAGAUGGCUUUUCUUGCUUAGCCUGCUUUACGGGAUGCUCUUUAUGCUCAUCUACUGAUUAUUACCAAUGUGCUGCUUGCUAUUCUUCAUACUUUUUGCUAAAUAUCCUAUGUGACUCUCAAUGCCCAAGUGGCUAUAGUCAAAACAUUGCCACAAAUAAAUGCGAUUUAGUGGACAGUUUAGUCAUUGAUUUAGAACUUGAUGAUUAUAUUGUACUUGACACUUUAUAUGGAUUCAAUGUUGGAAACAAUAAUACAAAUAUAUAUCCAGCAUUUGACGUAAAUGAUCCCAUUCCUGCAAUUAAGUUUAAGUUUAACGAAUUACUCUGGCGAAUUGCCUUCAAUCUUCUUUUACUUGAGGGUCCAGCUACAUUAACAGCUCUGAAUAACGGUAGGUGGACCGGCCUAACCGUCAAACCGUUAAAGUUAAUAAGCCCGUUAAGACUUCUUAGUCAGUGCCAGCCUCAGCGCUGACUUCUUCUCUUCAAGCCGAGACUCUCAAGAAGCUUGACUUCUCUCACUAAGCUCGGAUGAUAGGACAGGACCUGCGUAGCAGGAGUUAAUACCUAUCCCUAACCGAAAUUUUUAAUAUUGUAUCCUGCAAUUAACCGUGGAUAUUAUUUCACUGGGCAAAGCUAUAUGAGCAGUUCUUUAGUUUUUAGCCCUUAUUUUUCUAUUAUGCUCUGGGUUAAGGUCAUUGAACAAGGAAUUUUAAUUGAAAAAUACGAUGGAGCUACACAAUAUUUAGUAAUUAAGAUUGAUGAAAACGGCAAUCAGAAUCUUCACUUAUUGCUCAGAGAUGGGUCAUCGCUCAAUGCAAUUGCUACACAAAAUUUACUGUCUGAUUGACAUUAUUUGUCAUUUUCUGGGAAAAUCAAUGGAAAUGGAGCAUAUAGCUCUAAUAUAUAUGCAGAUUCUGCCUUGCUCAUGGCAAGUACUUCAGCUUCUAAAACAUAUUUAAGAGAUAGCAUUUCUGGAGUGCUCAUGAUUGGCUUUGAUAAAUCAUCUGGGAUUGGUUUCAAAGGUUUUCUGUGAAAUCUAAAAAUUUAUAACGAUGAAACUUAUGUAAACAAUGGAUGGACUUCUGCAACUUGUACCACUAAUGUAUGCCCAAACUGUCCAAGUGGGGUUUUUUGUCCAAGUUCUUGCUCAUUGACAAAUUAUCCAGGUAGCUCUUUGUGCAACUCAUGUAAAGCAUCAUGCUUUAAUGGAUGCAGAAGUGAUCUGACAUGCCGUCUGUGCAGAGAAAAAGAGUGCUAUUCAUGCAAAUCUUUUUCCAAAAAAUGCAUAAGCUGUAUUAAAAAUGCAGGAUUUGUAGGAGAUUCAUGCCAAUGCAAUCAGAAUGCUUUAUGAAAUGAGAAUACAGAGACCUGCGAUCUUUGUCCUACAGGGUGAUUAGAAAAUAAGGUAUGCUUAAGCACCUUUAAUGCUACACUUACGGUUAAUCCUAAUAACACCCUCAUAUUAAGCUUUAGCGAUGGCUUAAAACAGAAUUUAACAAACGAGCAAAUAAUGAUACAAAUCCAAAAUCAUACAAUUCCAUCAUGAUCAAUAACCUAUAUCUCAAAUAAAGAAUUUUUAAUAUCAUGCGAUUUUGGUCGAAAAUCUUUACAAAAAGCAGUAGUUUCAUUAUACUUUAAUGAUUCAGAACAUAUUGAAUCAAUUUCAGGUAGUGUGCUUCUUGAAAAAUAUUUAUCUGGUACUCUUUAUGAGUCUGAAUUCGAAUCUGAUGAAAUUGCUGGGAUUAAAAAUCAAGUUUCUGCAGGGAUCAAAAUUUUGGUUGGAUCAGGCGUGAUUUUAUCAAUAUUUAGCCUAAAUCCUUCUAGCUUAUGGACUAUGAUUAACACUAUUCAACUUCUUGCCUAUAUACCAUAUGCAAGCUAUCCUAUUACAGAAAAAAUUUCAGUAUUUUUCAAAUCUAUGAAUAAUUUUAAUAUUGUUCCAAACUUGUUUUUAUUUUUUAUUGAUGAAAAUGAAAGUAAUGCUCCUUAUGAUCGAGCAAGAAACUAUGGGUAUGAUAGCUACUUGAUACUUGCUAAUAUUGGAAAUGAUGCGACAGCGCUAUGCGGCAUUAUAGUUGCCAUUCCUCUAGUAUAUUACUUUUCUAAAUGCUCUCAGAGAUAUAUAGGAAAGAAAUUUCAAAAAAUAUUUAAUGAAUAUAAGUUCAGCACAUUUUUGAGAUUUAUAAUAGUGAGUUAUCUUGAAUUUGGCUUUGCUGCUACAGUCGGGAUUUUGAGCACCGAUAAUUUUAAAAUCUUUGAAAGUACUCUUGAAUCUACAAACUAUUUUUUAUGUUGAAUUUGUAUUGUAACCAUAAUUUAG